UCCCACACACUACACACACUCACACUCCACACACACACACACACACACAUCUCAGUCUCAGAAGGUGCCUCCUCCCAACGUCCCAAUCCUGCUGCCAUGCGCCCCAGUCCACUCCCAGUCUAAGAACCCCGGACCAGAACCUCCAUGCGGAUUAUGUGGAUGAACUGGACCCUGCUAACGUGCGUCCUCGUGGCCUCCUCCCUGCCCGCGCGCCACCUCGGCGAGGCGCGGCCACGGAGACGGCUCGCACGCGACCGGGCACGCGCCCGAGCGGCUGCGGCUGCAAGCGCGGGCGCAUGCACGGGCGCGUGCGAGCCGUCCUCCCCGUGCCCGCGCGCUCCGGACUCCUGCUACUUCGGCAUGACGAGCGACCCGUGCACGUGCUGCCCGGUGUGCGCCGCGGGCGAGGGCGACGCGUGCGAGGGCGAGCGCGAGCGCGCGCUUUGCGGCGAGGGCCUGAGGUGCGCGCGCGGCCCGGCGGGGCGCCACGAGUGCGCGUGCGCCGAGCAGGGGGAGGUGUGCGGCAGCGACGGCAGGACGUACCCGAGCGCGUGCCGCCUAAAGGCCGAGAACCGGAGGGCCGAGCUGAGCCGCGCACCCCCCGUCAUACUCAUCCAGAAGGGCGCGUGCGGGGUCGGUUCUCGAAACCCCGGCAGCAUGCGCUACAAAUUCAACUUCAUCGCAGACGUUGUGGACAAGAUUGCCCCUGCAGUCGUUCACCUGGAACUCUUCAGAAGACUGCCAUAUGGUGACCGUGACCAAGAAGUACCGGUAUCCAGCGGCUCCGGGUUCAUUGUGUCUGAAGACGGCUGGAUAGUAACCAACGCACACGUUCUGUCCAACAAGCAGAGGAUCAAAGUGGAGCUGAACAAUGGGGUCCACUAUGACGCCACCGCUAAAGACGUGGAUCAGAAACUCGACAUCGCUCUGAUCAAGAUCGACUCGGAGGAGCCCCUCCCUGUGCUGUUACUAGGACGCUCUUCUGAUUUGCGGCCCGGAGAGUUCGUGGUUGCCGUGGGAAGCCCGUUCUCCCUGCAGAACACCGUCACUACGGGCAUCAUCAGCACCACCCAAAGAGGAGGACAUGAACUCGGCCUACAGAACUCUGACAUGGAGUACAUCCAAACAGACGCCAUCAUAAACUACGGCAACUCGGGAGGACCACUUGUUAACUUGGAUGGAGAUGUCAUCGGCAUAAACACGCUAAAGGUCACAGCGGGAAUAUCGUUCGCCAUCCCCUCAGACCGGAUACAGCAGUUCCUCGCCGACUCCUACGAGAGACAGAGGAAAGGAAGAACAAAGCCCAAAAAAAGAUACAUCGGAGUGAGGAUGUUUCAGCUGACCCCAUCCUUGAUCCGGGAGCUGAAGGAGCGGGAGAGUGAUUUCCCAGAUGUGAGUUCAGGAGUGUACGUCUACGAGGUGAUCCCGGGAACGGCAGCCUCCAGUGCUGGCCUGAUGAACCAUGACGUGAUCAUCACCAUCAACGGCCAGCUGGCCCAAACCACGGAGGACGUGAGCCAUGCAGUGCAGUCCGGGGAACCCCUGUCCAUUGUGGUGCGACGGGCUAAUGAAGACGUCACGCUCACAAUCAUCCCUGGAGAACAAGAGUGACCUGUGGGAUACCUGCGGAUUAUACGUACUGUGUGCUGAAUAACAGAGUACUGAGGAUAGGGCAUUGGUUAGAGGCCAAAAGAUGCAGUAUAUGUUUGUAAAAUAAGCUUUUUUUUAUAGUUUUUGAUCUGAAGUAUAUAUGUUGGGGUGUUUUUGGGUGAGUGUGUGUGUGUUUUGGUUACAAAAGUGUAUUAUCAACAAUGUAUAUAAUUUUACAUUUUUAUAAUUUUCUACAAAGUUAAGAAAUUCCUCUUUUUAUCAGUUAUUUUAUGUAUAUUUAAACUGCUUUAAUUAACAACAGGGAAUGUUUGGUGCUGUUUUUAUUAAUAGGAAAUGUAUUUUUGAAGUUGGGAAACAUGAACUUCACACUCCAGGCUUUAACAUAUUGAGCACUUAUAUUAUUAUAAUGAAAGCUUUUAUUAUAAUGAAAACUAUCGUGAGGGCAUUUAAACACUGGAAACUUGUUUGGAGUGUGUAUCGCUGCUCAAUUCCAAUUGCAGUGUUGGUUCUGUGGUGCUGUUUAUAAUCAUGCCGCAAUAAAUUUGAUUCUCCACGCCAGGCUGGACUGAAACGGCCUGACCA